AUGAUAACUAAUAUCAAUGAAGAGGAUAAUAUUGCGUGCAUGGAGCGCGGUGAGCUCUACUACGCUUUUACGCCGCGCCUCGUUGAGGCGCGCAAGCGGUGUGCACGAGUAGUCAGUCGAAUUAAUAACGCCGGAGAGCUGAGUCGGAGGGAGAUGGCGGAGUUCUGGAGAGAAAUCACAAAUGACCCAACCCCCCUCCCACCACCAGCUAAGCUUUCUGAGACCGCCACAGCCAAGGAGCUCGAAGAUUCCGAAGACACGCUUCUGAAGGCAUACCCCUGGAUCGAGCGCCCUAUCGCAAUCGACUACGGCUACAACGUUAAAGUCGGACAAGACGUCUUCAUAAAUUUUAAUUGCGUGAUCCUGGACACUUGCAAGAUCACCAUUGGUUCUCGGACCCUGAUAGGUCCCAAUGUCUCUCUGUUUAGCGGAACGCACCCCGUUGACCCGAAUCUGCGCAACGGGACGCAGGGGCCAGAGUAUGGCGGACCUAUCAAUAUUGGAUCUGAUUGUUGGAUUGCGGGCAAUGUGGUUAUCCUGCCCGGUGUUAGUAUUGGCGAUGGGUGUACGGUUGGCGCGGGGAGUGUGGUUACAAAGGAUAUACCGGCUUAUCAUGUUGCCGCUGGCAAUCCGGCGAGGAUUCUGAGGAAAAUUGAGCGAGGAGGAUCUGGAGCUACUGGGACCGCGGGAAAGGGUACUGAGGACGAGGGAGAAGCUUCCAAGUCUGAGGCUUGA